GGGCGCGGAGUGUAGCGUUACCUCUCAGUGUUCAAUCAGCUGCAGAAAGUAGACCUCAGACCGCUGGAAGAGUCCGAUGCUGCUGCGGGAAGAUUUCCCCAUGAUUGAAGUGUCGAUACCAUCGAUGGAGAAGGAGGUGGAUGAGUCGGGAAAGACUAAAAAGCUUUUCAGAGUUGAAGUCUUGUUCAAUGAGAGGAAACAUUUUGUGCUCAGAAGAAACAGUGAAUUUCACACUCUCCACAGAAAACUCAAGAAGAUCAUCCAGACUCCAGAUUUCCCAAGCAAAAGGAACCCACAUCUGAGGACCAAGCCUCUGGAGCAGAGGAAGCAGGAGCUGGAAGAUUACAUCCAGGAUAUCAUAAACCAGAAUGAAGAUGUACCGCAGGCGCUGCUGGACUUCCUCCACAUUAAACAUUUCCACACAGGGAACAAGAUGAGCAGCAUUGAAUCAUUUGAUGAGCUGGACAGCCAGGAUGACAAUUUUCAGUUUACCAAUCAGCGAGUGUUGGGAUUCUUUCAGGAUCCUUAUCUCACCGACAGCACGUCGGGUCUCCCAGACGUCGUUGUAGACGGGGUUCUUCAGGGUUUUUACCCCCGAGACGUCCGGGUCAGCUUCACUGCCCCCACAAUCGCUGACUCUGAGCCCACCCAUCCUACAGAGGCCUGAAGUGCAGUAUAGUUAAAUACACAAUAUUAGCAAAAAACACUAUGCAAUUUUUAAAAAGCCAUCAGCACAACAAGCUAAAGUAAAAGGACAGUUUUUGUAUGUUUGACCCAGUGAGACUAAAAACCGUCACCCAGGCUUUGUUGCUGCAGUGCUCCACCCACUGUUCUUACAGCAGUUUCUACCCCGACACGGACACUGGAACCACUUUUGAUAACCGCCUCACACUGUGACAGAUUUGAGAAUUAGGUCACAUAAAUAGUGUGGAAAAUAGUGGAGCAUAAAUGGCAGAAAUUGAGGUCAUUUCAGUGGACAGAAAAUCGUGGUGGACUAAAUCAGCACAUUAUCAGUGGAUUUCCUGUUGUGGCCACUGGCAUCUGCAAUUUCAGCUUUUUGAUACUGGCAACUUUUUAAAGGCGAAGUGCGUGAAGUAUGUUCUAGAUUGCACACCAUGAGAGGAAAAGAUAGAUUUGAAGUUUUCAUAUUUAGGACCAAGUAGCAAAACAUGUCAUGAAGCUGUGUUUUAAAUGUACUCGGCGUGUUUUUUUUUGUUUGUUUUUUAAAAAGCUGUGAAGAUUACGGACUGAAUCAAUCGGUGUGUAUUGUGAAUAUGCUGCCACACCACAGCCUCAACCGUUUUACUCUCCAAUUAUUCACUGUGGCGAAGCAGAUGGGAAGUCAUUUUAAAAUAAAAGGCUAGUGGCAGAGUUUAACUUAAAAUUUAUAAGGAAGAUACUUUUUUUUGUCUUUGUUAACGUAGCCAUUUAACCUGCAGAGCAGUCUGGCUGUGGGACAUUAAUAAUAAUAUUCAGGAGCUUGUGCACACAAUUUCUAACAUCCUGACUUUAAUAUAUUUUACAUAUAUGAAGUUACAUUUUAAAGCCAUAUCUGUGCAGUCAAAGGUUUGGCAUGUGACUUUUUUUUGUGGUAUCAUGUUUAUAUUGAAUUUAUAAUAAAGAGUCAAACUGC